AUGAAAAUUUCCAUUAGUGUUCUGUUUGUGUUUGCUGCUCUCUUGGUUCCAUCACAGGCGACAUUCGAUGUGAUAGCCAGUGUGCCAACAACAGGAGGAUAUGGUGGUGUUGCUGGUGGUUAUGGCGCAGGUUAUGGAGGAAGUUACGGUGGCUUUGCUGGAGGUUAUGGUGGCAGUUAUGGCGGUUACGGUGGCAAUUUUGGAGGUUCCAACUAUGGUAACAAUGUCAAAGUAGUAAAAGUAACUGUAUUGCCAAGGGCUGUCGGUGGUUCGUAUGGCUCUGGAUCAUACGGUGCUGGGUCGUAUGGUGCUGGAUCUUUUGGCACUGGAUCUUUUGGCUAUGGUACAUCGUAUUCUUCAGCUGUGGCUCCUGUUGCUGCUGUCACCACACCCGUAAUUACAGCCGUUACCACCCCCGUUGUUACUUCAACAGUUGGUGCUGGUUAUGGUAGUGGAUCUUUUGCUGCUGGGUCUUAUGGCGCUGGAUCCUAUGGUUAUGGCAAUAGUAUUGCUCCUUCAUUCGGUUAUGGAUCAGGCUAUGUCGGUACUUUUGGCUUAGGCUAUGGCAGCACAUUUGGCUCGGGCUAUGGCAAUACUUUUGGAUCAGGUUACGGAGCUGCAGCUGGAUGUUUAUAA